AUGGUGACGCAAGGAUACCUAUCUGAACUACAACAGAAGAUCGCACGCCUAGAGCGCCUUCAAGCAAGGGCGCUGGCUGAGCAGAGCAUCAGACGAGGCGAGGAUGUCGACAAUCCUGAGGCGCGAAGGGACUCGCCGCCCCGGAAUCCCGAUGGCGACGGUCCAGAUCUGACGAACCCUCUCACUGCGACGCCGUCCCGGUACUGUCUUUCAGCAUCCAAUGGAAUGGCUUACUUUCUCGCCCCAGGGUCCAACUGGUCAUUCUCGCGGCAUGUUCUCAGUGUUACACACGACCAUGUCUGUCAGUCUCCUCUUCCUACCAAUAGUCUCUUGUUCGACGGCUGCGCCUAUGACCUCGGAUGGGACGGCUCUCGAAGCACGCAGGCCCUCGACAGCCGCUUCAUUCCGAGCAUUGACUAUGCCAUCUUUCUGAUCAACGCCGUCAAAUUUCACUGCGGCCAAAUGUUUCAUCUCUUCGAGGUGGACGAGUUCAUGGUCAACAUGCAGAACUUUUACGCCAAGUCAUCUGCUGAUCGAGCAGAGGACACCAGCCUCUGGUACAUACACUUCCUGGUCAUCCUCGCUUUCGGCAAAAGCUUGAUUCAGAGAAAGAGUGAAGGCAAAAGACCGUCAGGGGCGGACUUCUUUGUUAGGGCUCUCCAGCUCUUGCCAGAUGUUACGGCACUGUGCAAAGAACCGAUUCUGUCUUCGGAGAUCCUGUGCUCGAUUGCGUGGUACUACCAAGCGUUGGACUUUCGACAUGCUGCUCACAACUUUAUCGCACAAGCGAAGAGCAUGGCGAUGAAUCAUGGUAUGCAUACCGACAUGCCAAUCAUGGAGCUUGGCCCGGAACUGGUGCAAAGAUGUCGCAAGAUCUGGUGGACAGUGUACGUGUUGGACCGUCAGAUGAGCUCGUUGAUGGGGUUGCCCCAGUCAACUCUAGAUGAAGGUGUCUACUGCCAACUGCCAUCCUACUCGGGAUCAGUACAACGCACGACGGCAUUGAGCAUGCAGAUAAAGUUCGCGCGCAUCAUUGCUGAGAUCAGCAGCACUGUUUACGGCACGACAGGUCGCUUGAAUAAGAGAUUCGUACUCGGCACCAAAGCUGUGCUCCAGAGCAUUGUGUCAGUCGCCGACGAGCUUCGUACCUCAUUUCCACUGCAUGCAGAUGAGCGAUUCGAUGGGAUCUCGAGGCUCUCUGCGCACCUGCAUCUGUCUUAUUACCAAUGUAUCGUCCUCGCGACAAGACCCUUGCUUUUAUGCUGCCUGAUCAAGAGAUUCGAGUCACCGCUGGAGGCGGACUCUCUCAUAGCAUCACCGAAAGUUCGAAACCCCGUUCAAAUGUGCGCCGAAUCCUCUAUUCAAAUUCUCAACAUCCUCGACAGGCUACGAGCUCAGGGAUUACUAGGUAGGAUACCGUCUGGCAUCAAGUCAUUUCGAAACCCCAAAGGACUAACUCAGAGGAUAGAAACCUUCCUUCCCCUCGACCUCGACUCCCUAUUCGUAUCCACCGUCGCUCUCCUCGUCGCCCGAGCGGUCGAUUCCCGUCUGAUUGAAAGUCAGUCUCCGUGGCUAGAAAAGUCGCACGCCAUAAUCGAAGAAAUGGUUGCCAGCGGCAACCUGAUUGCGGGAUUUCGCAGGAACGAGAUGCAAAAACUGGAGGAGAUACUCAGCAACUUCACCACAACGCAGCCUCGCGUUGCGGGCAUCCCUGAGGAUACUCAAGGAGCCGAAUGGAAGCAACAGCAGCUAACGGACGCCCCGGCCACUAUUCAGGAGCCUGUGCCGCCUCCGCCGUUUCCCGAGUUUACCAAAGACAGCAGCAGCCAGGCGGAGGAUCUGACGGCCCAGCAGAUUAUUGAUGUGGUUAAUUCUAUGGAAUGGGAGGAUAAUGAGUGGAUGUCAUUUACGGUCAUGGAUGAUCAGGCAUGA